AGUAGCUGAAACCUUGCCAGUGAUAGUUGGUUUAGUGUUUUUGUGAAGAGAUCGGAGAUUCAUUUUAAAAUAUAGUGUGCACCUACAAGAAAAAAAUAUUAAAUUUUAUUUUGUGUGCACAAGAAGAAGCGAGUGAGUGUGUAGAAACACCACAGAAGUGCAACAAAAAAAAAACUGUGAAAAAAUAAAAUAUAAAUAAGAAGGGUUUCAUCUCUCUCUGCUAAUCAAGGUUUAUUUAUUUUCAACAAAAAAACCAUUAGUGUGUUUUUAUAGAUUUUAAUUUGUGUAACCCCGUCAUGUCUGAGUUAUCAAGGUCAGAUUCAUACCGAGUUGCCACUGUAGAUUCAGUGGAAGAUGACAACUUGACUGCGGAUGGACAAUACAAGUCGAGACGCAAAAUGCCGCCUAAGAAAAAGACCGAGAAUCUUGAUGAUCUAAAACAGGAGUUAGAUAUCGAUUAUCACAAAAUCUCCAAUGAAGAAUUAUAUCAACGAUUCCAAACUCAUCCCGAAAAUGGUCUCAGUCAUGCAAAAGCAAAGGAAAAUUUAGAACGUGAUGGUCCAAAUGCAUUGACACCCCCGAAAACGACACCCGAAUGGGUUAAAUUUUGCAAGAACUUGUUUGGCGGUUUCGCUCUUCUUUUGUGGAUCGGCGCCAUUCUUUGCUUCAUUGCCUAUUCCAUUCAAGCAGCAUCCGUUGAAGAACCUGCUGACGAUAACUUGUAUCUCGGUAUUGUAUUGGCAGCUGUCGUCAUCGUAACGGGCAUCUUUUCGUACUAUCAGGAAUCGAAAUCGUCUAAAAUUAUGGAAUCGUUCAAAAACAUGGUCCCUCAAUUCGCUACUGUCAUUCGUGAAGGCGAAAAAUUGACAUUGCGCGCUGAAGAUCUCGUGUUGGGCGACGUUGUUGAAGUGAAAUUCGGCGAUCGUAUUCCCGCUGAUAUCCGUGUCAUUGAAGCACGUAACUUCAAAGUAGAUAACUCGUCGUUGACAGGAGAAUCUGAACCCCAAUCUCGCGGACCUGAAUUUACACACGAAAAUCCAUUGGAAACACGUAACUUGGCAUUCUUCUCAACGAACGCCGUCGAAGGAACAGCAAAGGGCGUUGUUAUCAGCUGUGGCGAUCACACUGUUAUGGGACGUAUUGCUGGUUUGGCAUCUGGAUUGGAUACAGGAGAUACUCCAAUUGCAAAGGAAAUUCAUCAUUUCAUUCAAUUGAUUACGGGCGUCGCUGUUUUCUUGGGAGUUACAUUCUUCGUUAUUGCUUUCAUCUUGGGAUACCAUUGGUUGGAUGCUGUCAUUUUCUUGAUCGGUAUCAUUGUCGCUAACGUGCCAGAAGGUUUACUCGCUACUGUAACUGUGUGCUUAACGUUGACUGCCAAACGUAUGGCUUCCAAAAAUUGCUUGGUUAAGAAUUUGGAAGCUGUCGAAACUUUGGGAUCUACAUCAACAAUUUGCUCAGACAAAACAGGAACAUUGACACAAAAUCGUAUGACUGUCGCUCACAUGUGGUUCGAUAACCAAAUUAUUGAAGCCGACACAACAGAAGAUCAGUCAGGUGUACAAUAUGAUCGUACAAGCCCUGGAUUCAAGGCUUUGUCGCGAAUUGCCACAUUGUGCAAUCGGGCUGAAUUCAAAGGAGGUCAGGAAGGCGUCCCAAUCUUGAAGAAAGAAGUUAGCGGCGAUGCUUCAGAAGCUGCUUUGCUCAAAUGUAUGGAAUUGGCUCUCGGAAAUGUCAUGGAUUAUCGUAAAAAGAACAAGAAGAUUACUGAAAUCCCAUUCAACUCAACCAACAAAUUCCAAGUUUCAAUUCACGAAACUGAAGAUCCCAACGAUCCUCGUUACUUGUUGGUCAUGAAAGGAGCUCCUGAACGUAUUCUCGAACGCAGUUCAACGAUCUUCAUUAAUGGCAAGGAAAAAUUGAUGGAUGAAGAAAUGAAGGAAGCUUUCAACAACGCAUAUCUCGAACUCGGAGGCUUGGGCGAACGUGUACUUGGUUUCUGCGAUUUCAUGUUGCCAUCCGACAAAUUCCCUCAAGGAUUCAAAUUCAACUCUGACGAAGUCAACUUCCCAUUGGAUAACUUGCGUUUCGUUGGUCUCAUGUCUAUGAUUGAUCCUCCUCGUGCUGCUGUACCCGAUGCUGUUGCAAAAUGUCGUUCAGCUGGUAUUAAAGUUAUCAUGGUUACAGGCGAUCAUCCAAUUACCGCAAAAGCUAUUGCCAAAUCUGUCGGUAUCAUCUCUGAAGGCAACGAAACUGUUGAAGAUAUUGCCCAACGUUUGAACAUUCCCGUUUCCGAAGUUAAUCCUCGUGAAGCUAAAGCUGCUGUCGUUCAUGGCGCUGAAUUGCGUGACUUGGCAUCCGAUCAACUCGACGAAAUCUUACGUUAUCACACUGAAAUCGUAUUCGCUCGUACUUCGCCGCAACAAAAAUUGAUCAUUGUUGAGGGUUGUCAACGUAUGGGUGCUAUUGUCGCUGUAACUGGCGAUGGCGUAAACGAUUCUCCCGCUUUGAAAAAGGCCGAUAUUGGUGUUGCUAUGGGUAUUGCAGGCUCUGAUGUAUCCAAACAAGCUGCUGACAUGAUCUUGCUCGAUGAUAACUUCGCUUCAAUUGUCACAGGUGUUGAAGAAGGUCGUCUUAUCUUCGAUAACUUGAAGAAAUCAAUUGCUUACACACUCACGUCAAACAUCCCCGAAAUCUCUCCUUUCUUGGCUUUCAUCUUGUGCGAUAUCCCAUUGCCAUUGGGUACUGUUACUAUCUUGUGUAUCGAUUUGGGAACUGACAUGGUGCCAGCCAUUUCGCUUGCCUAUGAAGCUGCUGAGAGUGACAUUAUGAAAAGGCAACCAAGAGAUCCAUAUCGCGACAACUUGGUAAAUCGCAGACUUAUCUCUAUGGCAUACGGUCAAAUUGGUAUGAUUCAAGCUGCUGCUGGAUUCUUCGUAUACUUCGUCAUCAUGGCUGAAAAUGGAUUCCUUCCAUUGAAAUUGUUCGGUAUCCGUAAAAUGUGGGAUUCAAAGGCUGUCAACGAUUUAACUGAUUCCUAUGGACAAGAAUGGACUUAUCGUGAUCGUAAAACACUUGAAUACACAUGUCACACAGCUUUCUUCGUCUCAAUUGUCGUUGUACAAUGGGCUGAUUUGAUCAUCUGUAAGACACGUCGUAACUCCAUUUUCCAUCAAGGAAUGCGCAAUUGGGCUCUCAACUUUGGUAUCAUCUUUGAAACAGUAUUGGCUGCCAUUCUAUCAUACACUCCCGGUAUGGAUAAGGGUUUGCGUAUGUUCCCUCUUAAAUUCGUUUGGUGGCUCCCAGCUUUGCCAUUCAGUUUAUCAAUUUUCUUGUACGACGAGACCCGUCGUUUCUACUUGCGUCGCAAUCCAGGAGGCUGGCUCGAGCAAGAAACCUAUUAUUAAGUUCGUUCAUC